GACGGAAGCGGUCAAGAAACAACAACUUCCGGGUAUGAACGAAGCCUACAUCCGGGUUUUGCCCUUUCUUUGAUUUUCCGUCUGUUCCAGGCGUGCUGGGAGUUUUACAGAACUUAGUUGUGAAUUGACGGAUAACAGCAGGCGCACAAGUCAGAUUUCCCAGGUGGAAGACUUCAGAUUUUGCUCAUGAGCUCUCCUUAAUUUGCGAUGCACCCAGAUCUGUCUCCUCAUCUGCACAGCGAAGAAUGCAACCUUAUUAUCCGUCUGCUCAAGGAGUGCCACAAAGAGCACUCCAUCAUGAGAUAUUUUGGUCGUUGCAAUGAUUUUGACAGAGAAAUGAGGCGAUGCUUAAAGAAAGAGUAUCAAGAAAAAAGAGCCAGGAGCCAAGCACACGCAGAAGAGAUAAGACGAAAAAUGAGAACUUUAGAACCAUAGAUAGAGCUGAGGACUGGGCAACAUACGGAUGGCCAAAGGAUUGUGUUGUCUCAUAUCUUCUGGGUACCUAAAUAAAGAAAACUAUUUAAAUCCAAAACAUUUGCAAUAAAAAUGGCUGCGAUGUUGGCAA